CUUCGGCAAGUGUCGAGCUCCAGCGAAGCCACAAGUAAGUUAGUACUAGACAUACCCGCCUGGUACUAAGUUCACAAAACAACCUGUCUGUCACCACGGCGGGCCGCCAUCGUUUUGCCUUCCCUCUUCUGCCCAGACCGACCAUCGACGACGACAGCGACAGAACACGCAUCUCAUUCUCAGCCAAGGCGACGGACGUACCCUUUCGUUGACUGGCGCCCUGCCCCGGCCGACUUUCGCCACUGUCCACGGGCAGGCAGGCAGGCAGGCAUCGCGGCGCCGGCUGGCUGGCUGGCUCGCUCGCUCGCUCGUUCGCCCUCCUCACCUUGGUCGAUGCCGACUGUCGGCCCUCCGCAUUGCGCCCAUGCAGAGCGACGCUGACACAAGACGCCCAUCGCCGCCCGCACGCCUACGUACGCGCAAACGCCUGCAUACCCGUACGCGAAGUUGCGGGCCGCCCGCACACUCUCUUACCCAGCAUGGGCCAGCGAAAUCGUGGCCAGCUCAACCGAGCUCGCUUCGUUGCUAGCAUCGCCGCCACAGUUCUCUCUCUAGCCUGCGGCACCAACUAUGUCUACUCGGCCUGGUCACCCCAGUUCGCCGAGCGCCUCAAGCUCUCCGCCACGCAGAGCAACCUCGUCGGCCUCUUCGGCAACCUUGGCAUGUACACACUCGGAGUCCCCGUUGGCAUCGGCGUCGACCAUCGUGGGCCUCGCCCCUUCGUUCUUGCCGGCGCCAUCCUUCUCGGGGCUGGUUACUUUCUCCUACACCAGGCUUAUGACCGCGCCGCCGGCUCCGUCGCCCUUCUCUGCUUCUUCUCCUUUCUCACCGGCCUCGGCAGCUGCAUGGCCUUUGCCGCCGCCGUCAAGACGUCGGCACUUAAUUGGCCUCACCACCGCGGCACCGCUACCGCCUUCCCCUUAGCCGCCUUCGGCCUCAGCGCCUUCUUCUUCUCGUCGCUUGGUGCCAUUCUCUUUCCCGGCGACCCCAGCGCCUUCUUGGAGCUUCUUUCCUGGGGCACUUUCGGCUUGAUUUUUGCCGCCUUUUUCUUCCUCAGGGUGUAUCCCCACCCCUCCGUCUACCAUGCCAUCCCGAGCGCCGGGCCGCACCGCUCUUCCGUCGGGUCUGUUGGCUCCCAGCGCCUUCGCCGAACCUCCUCGCCCGAAGCCAAGGUGCACACGUCUGCAUCAUCGGCUCUCCGGCCUUCUGUGGAUCCCGGUACGUCGUCCGAUGCCGACGCCAGCCCGAUCAACUCUUCCAACUACCCCCGGCCAGCGCCCGGCCCCCAGUGUGGGGCGCCAGCACCGCCGGAGGAAGACGUCGAGGAGCAGUCCGCCGUGGCAGACGAGACGUCAUCUUUAGUGUCUUCCUGCUCCUCGGCCGCCAUCGAAAAUGUUGUGGCAAGUAGUGUUGAUAUGGAUCGGUCUCACCGAAUAGAUAUUCGUGGCCUGGCCCUCUUAACCUCGCGAACCUUCUGGCUGCUCUUCUCCAUCAUGUCCAUUCUCGCGGGUAUUGGCCUGAUGACGAUCAACAACAUCGGCAAUGACGUCAAUGCCUUGUGGAAGCACUAUGAUGACUCUAUUGGACAAGACUUCCUUGUUCACCGCCAGCAGAUGCACGUGUCGAUUUUAUCCGUCUGUAGCUUCAUCGGGAGACUCCUCAGCGGCGUCGGAUCCGACUUUCUUGUCAAAUCACUAGGCGCCAGUCGCCUUUGGUGCCUCUUCAUUGCCUGCCUUGUCUUUCUGUCAGCCCAAGUGUCAGCUCUUAGCAUCCGCAAUCCACACCUUCUCGGGCUUGUCUCUGGCCUUUCUGGCAUGGGAUACGGCUUUCUCUUCGGUGUCUUCCCCUCCCUCGUCGCCGAAGCCUUUGGAAUCCAUGGCUUGAGUCAGAAUUGGGGCUUCAUGACUCUUGCGCCGGUCAUUUCGUCCAAUAUCUUCAAUCUGUUCUACGGCACCAUUUACGACAAGCACAGCGUCAUUGGCCCUGGCGGGGAACGGCUGUGCCACGACGGCUUGGACUGCUACCGAGCAGCAUACUGGGCCACCUUUGCUGCUGGCUGCGCUGGUUUGGUCAUCACACUUGAGACAAUUCGCCAUGAACGGGUCACUAUAGCCCGAGAACUUCGUGGCCACAACUGAAAUACUAGUAUAUCCUUUUCAGGGGGUCUGGGUGGUCUUCUUAGGUUAUUUACAUGCCUACUCUUGAGCAGUUUUGGCGUUGGUUAGUAGAUCUGUUUUGCCUGCACUCGAUUGUCGCAGGCGCUCGUAUCUCCAGCAUGUAUCAGAGCAGAGGGCAUGGCCAUCCAUCGCCUCCGGAUUUUCGCAAGCCGUGAUAUGAGUUUGGCGGCUGGUGUUUGUAUCUCGCACGCUGGAAAGGUAGGUACGUGCCCACGAGUCCAUCAGGGUCGCCUUUAGUUGCAUAGACCUUCUCGCAAUUCCCGGUGCAGAUGCAGCUUUGUUUAGAAGAAGCGCAUUCGAUUACUUCAACGCUUGCGAUUAUCACGUGUAUAUGUACAGCCGAAUGCGG